AUGGAACUCUCGGACAGCGCUCUGUCGUCAAUCUCGUCCUGCCUUUUGGAUUCCGACUGCCGCGUCCGAUUGCUAUCAUUCGAGCUCACGUCGUUAGCUGCUGUCACUCCUGCAGCGCUGCUUCGGUUCGUCCAUGACGUGGCCCCAGCCGACAUCGUAUUCCGAAUGAUUCGUGGUUGCUCCCAGAAGCACUUCGGCUCUGAGAUGUGCCAAUUUAUCGCCACCCGGCGUUUCUUCAGCGUCAGCGAACUCGUGGACGUUGAAAGCAACGACGUUCCUCUUUCCAUAGAUGACGUAAUUCUCGCUCAACUCACCGCCACCACAUUCCAAAUCGCCGCUCCCAAUCUGAUCACUGUCAACGGAUUACGGUCAUUCAUCAGGGAUUUGACGGAUGAAAAACGACAGUUGGUCGCUGGCAGGAUUCAGGCCAACUUUCCCCUCGACAAUGUGACGUUCCCCACGGCGACCCAUGCAAAACUGCUCAUCAAGGAUCAGAAAACUAUCGAUAUUUCUACGAGAAGGACCUCGGAAAUUCCCUCACCGCUCAACUCUUCUCCCGAAGAGGAAAUGAGAUGA